AUGAAGUUUUUAGCAUCUUCAAUGGUCUUUGCCGCCGUAAUGGCAACAACAACUCUCGUCGCUGCAUCUGAGCAACCCAUGAACGCAGUUCAUGCUCCUGCUCUUCGCAGAGGCAACCACCAUCAAAAACGUAAAUGCUCGGCUGGCUCGAGUAAGAAGCACCACCACAAGAAGACCCACGGCAAAAAGAAGGAUCAAAAGUCAACUUCAAGCAGUGGUUCAUCUGACAACAAGAGCUCUGACAAUGAUCAAACUGCAUCAUCAUCGGGAAGCAGCAGCAGCAGCAAAUCAUCCGGUGCGGGUAGAUCAUUGAAGUUGAAGAGCAAACAAGGUUUGGCAUGGCCCAACGCAAACGGUAUGAACAUCAAGAACUUCAUGACCGGUGGUGUAAGCUUUGCUUAUUCUUGGGAUGCUACUCCUGGUUGGGACGGAUUCCCAAUUGACGAAUUGGUCUUCUGCCCUAUGUUGUGGGGUAACAAGAACGCUGACGAUUUCAUGAACAAAGUCGUCAAUGACCAAAACGGAAAAUUCAACAAGUACAAGUGUGCUAUGGGAAUGAACGAAGUCAACCAAGUCGGACAAUCAGAUAUGAGCGUUAGUGAUGCAUGCAGCAUGAUGCGUUCCCACAUCAUGCCUUUGGCAGACAAGGGAUGGUACAUCAUCGGUCCCUCAACAACAUCUGCACCCGACGGUUUGUCACAAUGGUACAAACAAUUCCAAUCCGAAUGUGGUGACGUGUUUGACCGUAUGGAUGCCAUCUCUUUGCAUUGGUAUGAUGUCUCCAUUGAUGCAUUCAAGAAAUACGUUGAAAACUGGCACAACACUUUCAAGAAGCCCGUUUGGGUUACUGAGUUCGCCUGCCAAAACUUCAACGGAGGCGCACAAUGCUCUAAAUCUGAAACUGAUCAAAUGAUGAAAGAGAUGUCUGAUUGGUUCAUGCAACAAGACUACGUCGUCGGUUUCUCACCUUUCGGUGUUAUGCAAAACUUGCAAGGUGUUAGUGAAGUGAACCGAUUGAGUCAAGGAUCCAACCCAACAAGCUUGUUCAGAAUGUUUGCUGAUGCAACCUAA